AUGUGGCUAAUCGUAGAAACUCAUAAAGCUCUUUUUAGAAUCGAAAAAAAAUAUCUCGUUUUUAGCGUAUUAUACCGUUCGAUAGAACUGUCAAACGGUGAAAAGUCAGUUAUUGAUGUUCAACGAUUAGCAGAGUUGCGUUAUCCCUUCGAUGAAAUGUUGAUUAAAAAAUUAUUUGGUCAACUAUCACUCGCGUCAUUUAAUAGAUUAAUCUCUACUGACUCGGGAAGACUUAGUCGCCCAUUGCCAGCAUCAUUUUAUACUAGUCCCGAAAUCUAUUCUCUCGAACGUCAGCAUAUAUUCGGUAACGACUGGCUAUAUGCUGGCCAUGUGGCUCAAUUACCAUCAAUUGGUUCAUAUCUCUCACUAAUAUUAGCUGAUUAUCCUAUAUUUUUGUAUCGAAAUAAAUCAAAUGAGAUUGUUGCAUUUCACAAUCAAUGUUCACAUCGAGCUGGACCUAUCGUUCCCAUGUCAAACGCUGUUACAUGUGGAACGCAGUCGCAAUUGAAAUGUAAAUAUCACGCAUGGUUAUAUGAUGAUCAAGGAAAAUUACGAGCAACACCACAUUUUGGAGUCGAUCUUACUGAUGAGCAGAAACAAUCGUUAGCAUUAAAAAAAUUAGCAGUAGAAGUUUUAUUUGAUCAUCUUGUAUUUAUUAAUAUAAAUGAAAGCAGCAAAAACAAUAAGGGCGCAUUAUCAUCAAAAUUAGCUCCACUAGCAAGUGAAAUGAAACAAUUUGAUUUAGAACAUUAUGAAUAUGCAAAAUCAAGUCAUCACCUUUUGAACUGUAAUUGGAAAACCUAUUGCGAAAACUAUCAAGAUCCAUAUCAUAUCUGGACCGUGCAUCCACGGUUAAAUUCACAAAUCGAUACAAAACACUAUACCGUUACCAACUAUUCAACAUUGUAUUCUAUUCAUUAUUGUCCAUCACGUGCAUCACUCUCAUCGUCUUCCCUUCAAGAAAAAUAUAUAUGGGCAUUUCUCUUUCCAAAUUUGGCUUUGAACCUGUAUGAAUAUGCAAUGUCAAUUGAACACAUUAUACCACUGUCAUACGAUAAGACAAUCUUAUCUUUCACAUACUUUCAAAAGCAAGGAAGAAAAACAAAGUCAGAUGAAGAGUUGAAACUGUUUGAACAAUCGUAUGAAAUAGAUAAAACUACUAUUGAAGAAGAUAAACAAAUAUGUGAACUGGUACAGAAAAAUUUAAAUAGUGGAGUAUACACACCAGGUUAUCUAAGUCCAGUGAGAGAGAAUGGAGUGGAGAUGUUUCAGGAAAAUAUUAAAUCAAAACUUGAACCAUAUUUAAGUGAGAAACAUCGAUCACAACUAGAAUAA